CUCUCUCUCUUUGUGUACCGGUGUGCAUAGCCAGAACAUAUCGUCACGUGUACUGCCGCUGUGCCACGUUGCUGUUGGCUGUUUUUCUUUCAACUUUGGUGUGUUGUGUGACGAUUUGGUUUGAACAAGUUUGCUCCGUCGAAAUAGGGGCCCCUUCGAGAUGGUGCAGUUUGAUCGAUCCACAUGCCAAGAAGCCGAGGUGGAGAUGGUGAAGCAGCUGCGCAGCGUUAUCAUCACCCGUUCGAAGGAAGGUGCGACCUUGGAAGAGAUAAUAGAUGAUUAUCGCGAGCUCACGGGCGAUGUUCUGAUGCCCAUUUUCGGUUCGCGGCAAAACUUCGCAAACUAUCUAUCCAGGGUCGAUGGAGUCUGGUGCUCGACGGAGGGCACGGAUGGCGUGAUUCUGUGGUACUGCAGCACUCCCAGGACGAAACACGUGGUGGAAAUGAUACAGGAACAAAAGUCAAACGUGCGUGCGGUCAGAAAUCAUCAGAACUGCGCACCGAGUGACUAUACCGUCGAUCCACCACCAGCGAAGGAUUAUAAUCCGCCGUUGCGUCCUGAUUGUCCAAAGUUCUUCAAGGACAACGUCAGGCCCCCAAGGAAACCGUUUCAAAACCGGUACAAGCAACCAAAUCCAACCAAGGAACGACGAUGGCGACCACACAAUCGAUCAUACCGACCGAAACGGCCAAGAGCGGAUGAACUGGAUUUCAGCAUGUAUGGACCUUCGCUUCAUAAGCACCAGCUCAUGGGAGAUGACUUUUUCCUCUCCAUAGCUAAAUGGGAGCUGGGCUACUCGUUCGAUCGAGGUCACAGCAUAGCAAUGAGCGGCCUAUGCAUUUCCGGGCUGACACUGGCCGAGGCUGCAAAGCGGGUUGAAAGGGCCCCGUACAUCGCCUCCCAGGUGCUGGUGAAUGUCGGUACCGUCGAUCUGCUGCACGGUCGCCAGAUGAUUGAUCUGCUACACGAUUUCGACAUGCUGAUGGCUCGAUUUCGGGAUCGCAACGUGGAACCACUCGUAACAACGCUUGCACCGAUCGCGAAUGCUGGCGGCUGCUCGCCAAUGCAAUAUCGGUUGCGCAAGUUCAACGAGUACAUCCGCAUCAAGUGCCGAAACUACAUCGAUCUGGGCCGGUACUUCCAGAACGACGACGGAUCCGUGCGAUUCGAGUGUUACCAACCAGGGCCGCGCAAGGUAACAGGAAGUAUCAUGCCACACGUGCUGUGGAACAAACUCGGUCGCAAUCAUUUGCUACUCGAGCUGGGCAACGAUCUGGCAAAUCGAAUAUGUGAGGCAUAUUUCUGGAGGAACGUUGAUGAAGCAACACUAGUAUAUUGAUGAUUGCCUCUGGCUACCGCUUCGCCUCCCUCCUCUACAAACAAAAUGCUUAUACCAUGCAACCACCGCGACGGGGUGCACGAAGAGUGUUCGAUUUUAAUGUGUUUAAUGUGCUGAUUGUUUUGUGAUUUGUCUUAAUUCAUGUGAUACGCGUAGUCUUACUACUCCCUUCUAGUGUUUUUGUGUUAAAGAAGCUCGCGAAUGGUGACUGAUAGUGGAAACGCUGGUACGAAACAUCCGUUGAUCUGUUGUAGCGGAUGGUUUUGGGACACUCGUGUACCCUAGACUCAAGUACGGACCCGUACGUUGUGUCUCGACGAGAUGAAAAUCCGAAGCGACAACUGUUCGUCCUCGAUCGGAGGACGAACUGGUGUGCCGCUUCGCCGAUUAGAGAUUAGUGCUCCGGAGCAUUCCCCGGAUUGGGCCACCAUCGGAUCGAAGCCUUACCGGUGUCUUCGUAAAACCAAAGGGCGGGCCCCUUAUGUGGAAUCUCCAUCGAAAUGUGAAAUGUUCGACAAAGUGAGCUCGAUGCAUCGAUCGAUUGCGUGAUGUCCUGCGACGCCGCCGGCGACGACGACAACGACUAUCCAGCAAUCAGCGAUCCAUCGUGAGGCGUAACGAUGUGCUACACCAAGGACCACCGUUGUUCACUGCUGAUACAAGGAUUUUAUCGUACGGAGCGGAAUGAAGGCACUGGACCAUGAGCUACAAAAGUUUGAUGACGUCAUCAAAUUCCGGGAUUGAUCAUGAUCAAUUUGCUCCACCCAAUUGUCCAUACUUCUCAGCAUCUUUGCGGCUUCAUAUUGUUGUGUUAUGUGUUUUGUGUACAUAAAAAUAUAUCUGUGAAA